UGUCAUGCUGACACAGCUCAAGCUCUUCUGAUUGGUUGUUUGCAAUGACUGAUUAAGAAUAUUGAUGCGGUCUCUGGGUUCCUUUCCACUUGGAAGAGAAUUCGGUUUUCCCCACCCCCAGGCCACCUCUAGGAUGCAAGUAAUUGUGAGACUAUGAAGAUCGAAACAGAGCAGCCUGAGUGACUGAGGAAAUACAACAGUCUGUUUUAACGGCAGAGCUAUGUAGCAGUUUUCUUCAGACUUCUUAACAUAGAUUAUACAGCACAAACUGCUUAUAGGUUUUGGAAGGCUGUGAGAGGACUUACUGGUUGUAUACUAGUAUUUUUUGUAUAUCAUCACACUAUCUUGCCUGUGUCUGGACAGCUGUGGUCGGAGCUUCAUUUGGAUGUCUUUCUUUUGAAGAUACAUAAAAAGGAUCCUUAAUCUGAUUCUCUUUGGAUCUUUCUAUUUUGAUGGUAUAAGUUUAUCUAUUCAUGGGGCUGAAAAGCGUGUGCAAAUCUAUCAGAGGAGAAGGGCAGGAAGCCAUCCGCUAUCACAGCAUCUGCCUGUGGUUAGGCAUUCUUCACUCCCACAAGUCAGAAGGUCAAUAAAAAUGGAAGCCUCAUCUUCUGGAUCUAAUAUACCAGCAGUUACUAACGGAAAAACAAAAAUCCACCAUGCAGAAGGAACAGAGGACUUGCAAAGUAACCAGUUGGAAACGCAAAUUUCGAUAAAGCCAGAUGUCCAGAAGAGAGAUGUGGACUUUUCAGAAAUUCAUAAUGCAAUACAAGAAAUAGCCAAGGACGUGAACAUUUUUUUUGAUGAGUUAGAAGAAGUAAACAGCCCUUGCAAAGAUAAUGACUCUCUUCUUCACCAUGGUAAUUUGACCAGUACUUCAGAUGAAGCCAGCAGAUUGGAAACAGUUGGAGAGGGAGUACCUGAUAAAAACAAAUCCAAUGGGCUAUAUUUUAGGGAUGGAAAAUGCCGGAUUGAUUACAUUCUGGUGUACAGAAAAUCUAGCCCACAGACAGAGAAGAGAGAGGUAUUUGAAAGAAAUAUCAGAGCAGAAGGACUACAAAUGGAGAAAGAGUCAUCUUUAACAAACGGUGAUAUCAUCUUUGUGAAGUUGCACGCCCCGUGGGAGGUCCUGGGCAGAUAUGCAGAAGUAAUGAAUGUAAGAAUGCCUUUCAGGCCCUUUAACCCCUUCACUGCCGGAGCCCCCUGCAUACUCGUGCGCUGCUGUUUUUUAAAUGGACAUGUCCUUGAAAUCAAUGGGCAGUUGAGACGAUCCAGGAGAAAAAUCUAUUACCUGCACCGCCGGCACAAGUUCAUGAACAGGAUUGAGAGACAAAUCAGCAGGUUUCGAGGAUGGUUACCUAGAAAACCUAUGAGACUGGACAAGGAGACACUGCCAGACCUGGAGGAGAAUGACUGCUAUACUGCCCCUUUCAGUCAGCAAAGGAUCCAUCACUUCAUCAUACACAACAAAGACACUUUCUUCAACAAUGCUACAAGAAGUAGAAUAGUACACCAUAUUUUACAGAGAGUGAAAUAUGAAGAAGGAAAAAACAAAAUUGGUCUGAAUCGAUUGCUUACUAAUGGCUCCUAUGAAGCUGCAUUUCCUCUUCAUGAGGGAAGCUACCGAAGUAAAAAUUCCAUAAGAACCCAUGGAGCAGAAAAUCACAGACAUCUGCUUUAUGAGUGCUGGGCGUCAUGGGGCGUGUGGUAUAAAUACCAGCCCUUGGAUCUCGUACGACGGUAUUUUGGUGAGAAAAUUGGCUUGUACUUUUCCUGGUUAGGCUGGUACACAGGAAUGCUCUUCCCAGCUGCCUUCAUUGGAUUGUUUGUCUUUUUGUAUGGAGUCACAACACUGAACCACUGCCAAGUCAGUAAAGAAGUCUGCCAAGCUACAGAUAUUAUAAUGUGUCCAAUAUGUGAUAAAUACUGUCCCUUCAUGAGGUUGUCAGACAGCUGUGUUUAUGCCAAGGUAACUCACCUUUUUGACAAUGGAGCUACUGUCUUUUUUGCUGUUUUCAUGGCAGUGUGGGCAACUGUUUUCCUGGAGUUUUGGAAAAGAAGACGAGCAGUAAUUGCUUAUGACUGGGACUUGAUAGACUGGGAAGAAGAAGAGGAAGAAAUACGUCCCCAGUUUGAAGCAAAGUACUCCAAGAAAGAACGGAUGAAUCCCAUAUCUGGAAAACCAGAGCCUUAUCAAGCAUUUGCAGAUAAAUGCAGCAGACUUAUUGUUUCCGCAUCUGGAAUAUUUUUUAUGAUCUGUGUGGUGAUUGCUGCUGUUUUUGGCAUUGUUAUUUACCGUGUUGUGACUGUCAGCACUUUUGCUGCCUUUAAGUGGGCUUUAAUCAGGAAUAACUCUCAGGUUGCAACUACAGGGACUGCAGUGUGCAUCAACUUUUGCAUCAUCAUGCUACUGAAUGUGUUGUAUGAAAAAGUUGCUCUUCUUCUGACAAAUUUAGAGCAGCCUCGGACUGAGUCUGAGUGGGAGAACAGCUUCACUUUGAAAAUGUUUCUUUUUCAGUUUGUCAAUCUGAACAGCUCUACCUUUUAUAUAGCAUUCUUCUUGGGAAGAUUUACAGGACACCCUGGUGCCUACUUGAGGCUGAUAAACAGGUGGAGACUGGAAGAAUGCCACCCUAGUGGAUGCCUUAUUGAUCUCUGUAUGCAAAUGGGUAUUAUAAUGGUGCUAAAGCAGACCUGGAAUAAUUUCAUGGAACUGGGCUACCCGUUAAUUCAGAACUGGUGGACCAGGAGAAAAUUACGACAAGAACAUGGCUCACAGAGAAAAGCAAGCUUCCCACAGUGGGAAAAGGACUACAAUCUUCAGCCUAUGAAUGCUUAUGGACUCUUUGAUGAAUACCUAGAAAUGAUUCUUCAGUUUGGAUUCACAACCAUCUUUGUGGCAGCUUUUCCACUGGCACCACUUCUGGCCUUACUUAACAAUAUUAUUGAAAUCCGGCUUGAUGCAUACAAAUUUGUCACACAGUGGAGGCGGCCAUUAGCCUCAAGAGCCAAAGAUAUAGGAAUUUGGUAUGGAAUUCUGGAAGGCAUUGGAAUUCUCUCUGUUAUCACAAAUGCAUUUGUUGUAGCUGUGACUUCAGAUUUCAUCCCUCGACUUGUUUAUGCUUACAAAUAUGGACCUUGUGCAGGCCAAGGAGAAGCUGGACAAAAGUGUAUGGUAGGCUAUGUUAAUGCCAGUCUAUCUGUAUUUCUGGUGUCCGACUUUGAAAACCGUUCGGAACCAACAUCUAAUGGAAGUGAAUUUUCUGGCUCACCAUUAAAAUAUUGCAGGUACAGAGACUAUCGAGACCCUCCUCAUUCCCCGGUACCCUAUGGCUACACAUUGCAAUUCUGGCAUGUCUUAGCAGCACGGUUGGCUUUUAUUAUUGUAUUUGAGCACCUUGUCUUUUGCAUAAAGCACCUGAUUUCGUAUUUAAUCCCAGACCUUCCGAAAGAUCUGAGGGAUCGGAUGAGGAGAGAAAAGUACCUGAUUCAGGAAAUGAUGUACGAAGCAGAACUGGAACGUCUGCAGAAAGAACGGAAGGAGAGGAAGAAAAAUGGAAAAUCUCAUCACAAUGAAUGGCCCUGACUGGGUAGCAAAUGCAUUCCUGUAGUGUGUUUCUGAUCUGGUAUUGUUUUUGUUUAUGGCUCCCGAUCAUGGACCUGUACUCUGUUUACUUAUCCCAAGAGCACUACCUUGAAGAGAAUGAAAAAAUGCAACCUCAAUGCAUGCCACAGACAUUUUACAUAGCAAGCAGGACAGCACAUUUCAGAGGAUUUACUGUGAAAUCAUUUUGCAAUCCAGCAUAUGACUGAUAUCCAUAGACCACUCUCAACAGAGCUAGCAUGUAUUUUAUGGGCAAUUAUACUCAAGUUUUUAAAACCAAGGAAAAAUUGUAUACUGGGACUGUUUUUUCAGCCUGUUUGGUACGUUUUUUGCAUUCUGUCCCAUGCGCGUUUUACAGAACUUAGAAUAAUAAAUGUAAAUUAAAAACCAGGAUACACUGACAAAAAAUGCCCAGUAUUACAAGACCAUCUAUUUUCAAGCCACCAAAUAAGACAACUGAAACCCUGUUUACAAAUGAGUUCUUUUUUUAUUUCAGAUCUUUGUGCAGAGACUUAUGUUAUAUACUAUAUAUAUAAAGUAUAUAGAUUGUUUAUUUGUAAAUAGCAAAAACAACCAACCUAUGGAAAAGAAUGUCAAAUUUUUGCACCUAUAAAAACGUCAUCAACAUAAAGCCAUGUUUAACGCUUGUAUGUGUUGCAAUAACUUUAAAAUAAAUUAUGCAUAUGAAA